UAAUCCUGGGCUGGCUAGGCCAAAGCAGGCAUGCCACAUACGCCGCGCCAGCGCUUGCAGCCCCGCGCCCCGGUUUGGUCCGAGAUGGAGACGCGGAACUUCCUGGCCCUCUGGGGCGAGCUGCUGAUUCUCAGGUGGAUCGAAAACCGGCCCCCCAACAGCGACAUCUACGAGGACCUCUCGGCCCAGAUGAUCGCCAGGGGUCACGAGCGCAACGCCUCGCAGUGUCGGAACCGGGCCCGGGACCUGAAGCGCAGCUACCGGAGAGCCAAGGACGCGCAGGUGUGCGCCGGCGCCGAGCCGGUUUCCUGCCGCUACUUCCGAGAGCUGGACCGGAUGUUUGGCGGAGAAAUGGACGGCGUGGCGAACCGGAGCCUGCCAAGCAUGGACGGGUCUGCCCGGGUGGUGGUGAAAACGGAAGAGGCGGAGGACAUGGAGGCGCAGGUCUCCGAAGAGGAGGGCAACCAGAUGACGCCACCAAACACGCUCUCGAGCAUGGACGCCGACACGGACACCGAAACGGAACCGAACCUUGGGGUCUCGCGAGAGCUGGUGGCCGGCGACCCGGAUGUGAUUGAAACCAAAAUAGGGGAGGAGUGCCCCAGUGACAAAUCUCUGCCUUUAUACGGGCAACCGGUGGCUGGCCCCAGCGAAGAUGGGCACCAUUCUGUGGCUGGCAGAGGCAGGCGCGACAACUCCCUGGGGCGCCCCCUGACGACAGCAGAGAGGAUGGCGUCCAUGCGGGAGAGGAAGAGGCGGUCCCACGAAGAAAUGAUGCACGAGAUCAUGACCGACUACCGGCGGACCUGGGAGACGAUGGAGGCACUUCACGAGAGGGGCGAGAUCAGCGCCGGGGAGUUCCGUGAGGCGAUGCUGAGGGAGAUGCUUCUGGACAGAGAGGCCCGGACCCGCGAGGCCCAGCUAGACCGCGAGGCCAGGGCAAGGGAGGCCCAGCUAGAUAGAGAGGCGAGGGCCAGGGACAGCCAUCUGGAGAGGGAGAUGAGGAUUAAGGAGCUCAACAUGAUUGAGGCGGAGCUUCGGCGCACAAGGGAUAUCCUCCACCCCAUGGUUGAGGCCGUGGUGUCCGUCGCAGAGGUCCUGCGUUCGACAAGCAGUAUACAACGGCAGCCUCGCCAGGCACAGCAGAGUGGAGGGGGUAACUUCUUGGAAUUGGAGGGUAGCAAAUAAUUAUCCCCCCCCCUUUUGUGAGGGGUGGGCAUUAGUAUAUAUAGUUACUGUGCUGGGCAGAAAGGAGGGGGUAGUAAGGAGGGGGGAAACUGUUGCAACCCUGGAAGCCAAGACCCACUUUUGGGGCAAGUACUCUCCGGUGGGAGAGCCUCAGCAGAGAUUUAACAUGUCAAAACCCUUUCAAAUGAAUUCCAAAAUGUCCCUUCUUAAUACAGUGGUGCCUCGCAAGACGAAAUUAAUUCGUUCUGCGAGUUUUGUCGUCUUGCGAUUUUUUUCGUCUUGCGAAGCACGGUGUCGGAAAAGUUUUGGAAAAGCUUCAAAAAUCACCAAAGUCUUCAAAAACCUCAAAAAAGGCUACCACACCGCGUGCUAUGAGUUGCUCCUCGAAGUCAAGUCGCAACUGUAUUAACAGUGUUAAGAAAAAGGAAACCAACUUGCAAGACGUUUCCGUCUUGCGAAGCAAGCCCAUAGGGAAAAUCGUCUUGCGAAGCAGCUCAAAAAACAAAAAACCCUUUCAUCUAGCGAGUUUUCCGUCUUGCGAG